ACUCAGGAGGGAGAGUGUCCUGUAGGGCAGGAGGAGGAUGAUGUCAGCAAGUUUCCACUGACUGUUGUCUCUGUGAAGACUGAAGAGCAUGAAGACAAAGCACCUGAGUCCUCACAGCUUCAUCACAGUCCAAACGUCCAGCGGGUGUCAGCGGGGAGUCAUGAAGAGGAGUGGCACACCAGUGUGGGACAGAAGGAGCUACAGGCCCCCUCCCACAUUAAAGAGGAGCAGCUUCAUGAUGAAGAUGAAGCUCAGUCCUUACAGCUUCAUCACAGUCAAAGUGAGGAGAACAGAGGGGCGGAGCUUGUAAGUCAACACAUCACAGAAGCUGAUGGAGAGCAUUGUGAAGAUAUCAAGUCAGAACCAGACAGCAUCUUUGCUCCACUGUCAGACAUGGACCACAUGAUGUCACACUCUUCUGAUCACAGUGACCACAUCCAAAAACCUUUGGAGAGUAAAAAUGACUCUAAAGGUGAUACGAGACAUCACACUAACAACAAACACUUUGACUGCUCUGAAUGUGGGAAAUCAUUUAGACAGAAGAGUCAUUUUACAGUACACAUGAGAAUCCAUACUGGAGAGAAACCUUUUACCUGCUCUGUUUGUAAGAAGAGUUUCUCCACAAAACCUAACAUGACCACACACAUGAGAACACACACUGGAGAGAAACCUUUUAUUUGCUCAGCUUGUCCUAAAAUGUUCAACACUCAGAAGGAAAUUAUAUUGCACAUGAGAACACACACAGGUGAGAAACCAUUUACUUGCUCUGUUUGUAAGAAGAGUUUCUCCAGCAAGCAAAUCAUGACCACACACAUGAGAACACACACUGGAGAGAAACAUCUUGCUUGCUCAGUUUGUAAGAAGAGUUUCUUCAGAAAGGGUGACAUGACCACACACAUGAGAACACACACUGGAGAGAAACCUUUUACUUGCUCUGUUUGUAAGAAGAAUUUCUUACAAAAGGGUAACAUGACCACACACAUGAGAACACACACUGGAGAGAAACCUUUUGCUUGCUCAGCUUGCACUAAAAGAUUCAACAAUAAGAAUAACAUGAUAAUACACAUGAGAACACACACAAGUGAGAAACCUUUUACUUGCUCUGUUUGUAAGAAGAGUUUCUCCAGGAAGCAACAAAUGACCUUACACAUGAGAACACACACUGGAGAGAAACCUUUUGCUUGCUCAACUUGUGCUAAACGAUUCAGCACUAAGAAAGAAAUUAUACUGCACAUGAGAACACACACAGGUGAGAAACCUUUUACUUGCUCUGUUUGUAAGAAGAGUUUCUCCAGAAAGGAACACAUGACCACACACAUGAGAACACACACUGGAGAAACCGUUUAGUUGCACUGUGUGUGAUAAGAUGUUCAGGUCUAAGAAGCAGUUGAGUAAACACAAGUGUGUAACAGUCAUGGAAGCUGCAGGGAUGUAAAAACAGUUAAACAGUGAUUGUGCUAAAUGUAGUUUAAAAACACAGCAUGUUUAAUAAGAAUGUAUAUUUGAUGUUGUAUGUAGUGCUUCUCAUCUUCUAGUCUUAUAUGUUGUCCUGUACUUACUUUUUUAAGUUGUGUGCAUGUAUUGAAUAUUAUAUAUGUAGCUACUAUUUUAUUCUAUUUUCUCAUCUUUGAAGAGAGGACAUCUUAUUAUUUCCAUUAGUUUUUUUCCACACAUUUUUCCAUUGCAUUUUAUUGAUGUUAUUAUCCAACUAAAAGUAUGAAUGAAUAAAAUGGUUAACAAAAUGUGGACUCUGGUAGAUUAGCAGCAUUGUUACAUCAUGGAUGUUAACUACUGCAAAACCUCAACAAAGAAGAAAAAUGCUGAAGUUAGCAACACAUCACUGAACUUUAGAGCCAUCGUGAGUGGAGUUGCUUGUUUUUAUUGCUGCAUUUGUACUUAUUUCACCUCACAUCUUCACUUUUAAUCCUAAAGUCUUCUUCACAUAUAUUGUUGUAGGCUUCUAACAUUUAUGUUUCUGAUGUGUGUGUGUGUAGUCUGUGGAAAGGGUUGUUGUCCCUU